AUGAAGUUGCCGCUGGCGGUGUACUUUCCAGGGCUUGGAGACAAGUCCGCGGUGAUCCACGAACGGGCGUCCGACUGGGCGAAAGUUGCACCAGAGCCCUUCCUGCUGGUAGCACCAGAGCGGCCAAGGAACCAGUGGUGGUUCCUCAACGAUGGAUCAGAGCUUGGAUGGGUCCGUGGCAACCUUCAGAUAGACACGGUUGAUUUGUUUUGCGACUGGAUCGCGGGCAUGUCUGAAUUUCCGGGCGUGGACCGCGACCGGAUUGGCGUGUUCGGCUUUUCCGCAGGCGCUUAUGCCGUGGCGGAGGUCCUCGCCCGGGCCCGGCUACGCCUUUGCGGCGCCGGCCUCGGUGGAGUCCACGGCCAUGGCCAGGGGCAUCUCGACAAUCGGCCCGACGUGCCCGGACACCAGGCUUUCGAAGCCCAGCAGAAGUUCUCAGCCUUUCUUGAGCGCUUGGCCCACCACGGAGGUGCCCGAUGGAUCGGCGCGGUGCACGGCAAGACGGACCAGGAGUCCGAUCCCCGCGAUGCACAGCAGAUCCUGGAGGCGCUGGGCCGGCGCCAGGGCGAGCUCGGGCUGCCUCAGGUCAGCGUCCGCUGGCUCGAGGCCGAUGAGCAGGACUUCAGGCCGACGAAGAAGCGAAACCGAUCGCACCACAGCUACUUUGAUGUGUCCUUUGUGCACGCAGGCUUUUUCCGGAAUCUUUUUAGCACUGGCGCACAUGCAGAGUGCUGGUGGCCGCCAAAGCUGCGGCCCGCCCAUGAAGCCGACAAGGCGGCGCUCCCGAAAGGUGAUGGCAAGAUGUAUUUCCAGUGGGAUGCCGGAAGCAACGGCAAGAAGCAAUGGCGCUACUACAGCAAUGAGGCGAACAGUCUGCUGGUGAGCUCCUAUGCAGCAUACCAAUCCUCCUCAGGCGGGCCGUUGCAGCCGAUCGCGGUCGCGGGUCACAUCUAUGUGGUGGACUUCGCACAGAUGGAGCAGAUAUCGCCGUUCAAUGCGCGUCGGGGCGUGCGGUGCUUCAAGUGGACCUGA